AUGGAAGCGGAAGCAUGUGCAGAGCGUUUUCUAUGGUGCUUCGCCCGCUACCACUGGUGGCCCGACGCUAUAACGAGCGAUAGGGGCUCGAAUUGGGUAGGCCGCUUUUGGAGGCACAUGUGCAAGUUACUGGGGAUCGACCAGCAGCUAAGCACGGCGUACCACCCCCAAACCGACGGAGGCCCUGAGAGGAUGAACCAAGAAGUACAGGCAUACCUCCGCGCCGUGAUUAACCAGAACCAGAACGACUGGGAUAAGUGGGUUCCCGCGGCUCAGAUGGCGUUAAACGGUCGGGUCAAUACCUCUAUAGGGAUGUCCCCAUUCUUCGCUAUACACGGCUAUGAGCCGAAGUCACCAGUUCCCCUCGUUACGGAAGCAUAUGCGGAAGAGUAUCCUCAGCAUUCGCCAGAAACCAGGGCAAAGAAAUUUGUUACCAAACUACAACAGAUUACGGACCUCUGCCAAGCAUCAAUGGCGACAGCUACGCAGCAACAAGAACGCUUCGCUAACAGACGACGGAACGCGGCAGAACGCUUCGAAGUAGGCGAUAAGGUUUGGCUUGACUUACGGAACUACGCGUCAGAGCGACCUAAGAAGAAGUUCGACUGGCUGCACGCUAAGUAUACGAUAAGCAAGGUACUCGACCCGUACACGGUUGAACUAGCAGACCUCCCGAGGGGCUGCUAUAAUAGGUUCCACGUCGACCAACUCCGGAGAGCGGGGACGGACCCAAUGCCUGGUCAGCAACGCACAGACGCUCAACCCCAUCUAUCCAAGUAG